UGGUGAACGAGACGAACGAGAGAAACAAACCGGUUCGGUUUGUUCGUCCCAAAGACUCGUUCAUUCUAACCGGUUCGCGAAAUAACGAGUUGGGGACUGGACCUAAUUCACAUAGACCCCAAGUAUGUCAUACAUAGUGUCAACACCCAAAAUCACCCAGACACGGUCACACCCAAAACAGCAGAAGAAAUCGUCUCCACAUAUGAGGAUGUUUUCGACGGACUGGGAUGCCUCAAGGGAGAGUUACACCUGAAGAGAGACCACAAGGUGAGGCCUGUACAGCAGUUGGGGCGGCGGACGCAAAUCCCAAUAAAAGAGAGAUUAACCACAGCCAUAAGGUAAAUGGAACAGAAAGGGAUCAUAGCCAAGGUCACAGAGCGGACACCCUGGAUCAGCAACAUGGUGGUGACGGAGAGGAAAGACAAACUACGUAUAUGCCUGGACCUGGGUCCGCUGAACAAGGCCCUACUGAGAUCACACUACCAGAUGCCCACAGUAGAAGAAAUACUGCCGGAAUUACCAAAGGCCAAGAUAUUCUCAGUAUUAGAUGCAAAAGAUGGCUAUUAGCAAGUGCGACUGGAUGACGAGUGGGUAUGAUUUUGGGUGUUGACACUAUGUAUGACAUGCUUGGGGUCUAUGUGAAGUAGGUCCAGUCUCUGGCAGGUGUCGGCUGAUAGUAACGUCGGUAUCUGUGAUGUCUCCAUUAUCGGAAAUUUGAGGAUGUGCGUUGUGCCUUUAUGAUCUGUUUUGAGUUCAUAUUCUCCUCUGGGUCUUAUCAAUGUGCCAUCAUACAACUUAAGCAUUGCUUUGCUGGGUAACAGAGCUGGGUUACCGUCCUGUAGUAUGCGUUGUAGGUCAGUGAAGCCCGUUACAUUGCUGACAUUUUAGAUUCUGUCCAGGAUCAUACUCCAGUGACUCUUCAUUGUCUGUGGCUAGCUUGAGAUUCACCAUUUGUUUGCAACAUUGUCUAGUCAGUUGACUUGAGAGACGUACCACAUCACAUCUGACCCUUCUGACUGGCUGUCAUCCCCUACAAGAUUCACCUGAGGUUUGUUCUGUGCACUCCUAUACACCCGGGCAAAAUUAUUUAUUUCGCCACAUUUCUUGCACGUGACUCCGUAUGCAGGGCAUUUGGUUCUUGAGUGCAUCGAUCCACAGUACUGACAGACUGAUUCUUUAUCUUGCCUCUGCUUGUUGUUACUGGCUACAUUGUGCUGUUUGGGCCCCUUCUGGGCACGUGGUUCUGACUGAAAUUCCCGGGAGGCAUAUCUGUGGCUUGACUCUGAAUUCUGCCCACGGGACUUGUAAUGUACCGACUAUCGUUCCCCUCCUAAUUUCUUAAUCUUGAUUUUUGUUUGUUCACUGGAGCGACACAUGUCAAUAGUUUUCAUCAGGAUGAGAUUGGGUUCUCUAAGCAUGCGCGCCUGUGUGUGUGCGCUUGAAUCCUUCGUGCCCAUAACAAGCCUAUCCCUAACAAGGUCGUCCUUAAGUGCGCCAAACUCACAUGUGUCUGCUAGCCCUCUCACUUUGGCUACAUACUGCUCUGUUGUUUCACAAUGGCUUUGUUUGCAGUCAUUAAACACAAAUCUUUCAUGAUUCACAUUUCUGUUUGGCUCAAAAUGUUUCUGUAGCGCAUCUAUUAUUUUUGCAGAAUCCUCCCUGUCUGCAUCUUGCAUGUGCAGGUGCCUUUGAAGCUGGAGAAAUUCCUUACCCAUGAUUAUCAAUAGAGUUGCUACUCUUAUUUUCUCAUCUUUCUCGUCCUGUCCUAUCGCAAUCUUGUCAUUUUCCCACUCUGCGGGGAAAAAGUUUGAGUUGUUGUAGACAUCACCUUUCAUAUCCAUUGGCUACAGGGCUGGAAUGUUGCACGCCAUGCUGAUGGCUUGCCGUUCAGCUGCUCGUGGAGCUGACGUUUGGCGGCUAUAUGAUGACUCCACUCAUAAAACAAAGCUUCCUUCAGGUUCUCACUUCUGACACCAUGUUUUGGGUUCUGAAAUAAGGGGGCUUGUAGUAGCAACCGGGCUAGCUUUAAUGCAGUUAACAACAACACAGUCAACGCAUGUCUCUCCUCUCCACUUGAAUGCCAUUGCCUACCUUACUGUCCUGUCUCUAGCGGCAUUAGCUGGCCGGAUGGUAUCGUAACAAUUAUCAAUUUCAUCUUGCAUUACUUAUCACUAUAUACCUGAUGCAUAUUUGUCUCAUAUUAACUUAAGUGAAUUUGAAAAAGAUGCUGUACAGAUCUACACUUAACAGAGCGUCUCUGUCUAAAUAAUGGUUGGUGGUGAUGACGAUACAAUAAAGCCUCUUAUUUAACACACUGACACAAGACAGUGACGGCACCAUUAGUGUAUGCACCAGAUAAAUAAACAUAAUUAUAUAUCCCAUAAUAAUCUUCAGAACAUUUCCUCCCAAAUCUUUAUUGAAAAUACAGAAGAAUGCCCAACUUCAAUUCAUUGACCCAAGCAUAAACAUAAGGUUAAUAGCCAUAGCAUGAUCUGAGUUACCUCUGGAGAGUAAUAACUCCUAUGAGAACUACAUUUGAGUAAAGGAUGACAAAUCACAACCAUGGCUCCUACGUAAGACGUCACAGAUCCAUAAUAAUAAAAUAAAAUACGGCUAUUUGGACAUUUAUCUGUGGGCAACUCAGGUGAGUGCGCAAAAUAAGGGUGUUUACUGUUAGUUUGAAUAUUUGUGAAACUAAUAAGUUUCUCUUAUUUUGUUACUCUUUCAUUGACAGCUGGAAUAUACAGAAAUCAAAUCGGUCUUCCUUAAAUUGGAUGCGUGAUGAUGCAAUUGUUAGGGCAAUGCACAAUGUUUCAACAGAUAUUUGAUUCUUGAUUGUGUGAAUGUUAACAAAUGUCAUUCUUUAGGUUUUCUUCCCAGUUCACAUAUCAACAUGCAUAAUGUGACCGGGUUGUCGGGCAAUUCAACAUCUCCAACCAAUUUACACGUUAUCAUCAAGGUGUGUGUGGUGGUUCCCUUCUUCUCCAUCUUCCUCUUCUGCAUCGUAAUCAUGCUCUACAUCUUCGCAUCUAACCGGCACUUCAUGGACAGCACUCGCUACAUCUUGUUUGCCUUCAUGCUGGUCAACGACGCCCUAGUAAUGAUGUUCUCUGUGCUGCUCUUUCUGCUGGCAAUGGGCCAAUUGAGGUUCCCCAUUGUCUUCUGUGCCCCCCUGCUGUUUUUCUCCACUGCUUCCUUCCUCAACACCCCUCUCAUCCUAGCUACCAUGUCACUGGAGCGCUACGUGGCUAUCAUGUACCCACUGCAGUGCCCACCUGCGUGGCGGUCCGACCGCAUCUGGAUCAUCUUGCUGUGCCUGUGGCUCAUCAGCUGUGUCCUCCCAACGGUAGACUUCUCCAUAGCGGGGGCUCGUCACGGUGUGGACGUCCUCUCCACGCCCGUCUAUUGCAACCCUGUGGCCCUCAACUCUUCUCCCGUCCAGAAUUUAUUCAAGUUCUACAUGAACGGACUUUUCUUUGGGGCUGUGGCAGUCAUUGUCCUCUACACCUACAUCAGGAUUCUGCUGGAGACCAAGAAGAUGAGGCAGGACAGGGCCUCUGUGAACAAAGCCAUGCACACAGUGCUGCUCCACGGCUUUCAGCUGCUGCUCUGCCUCAUGGCCUUCAACAAUCAAAUUACAGAAAGGCUACUCCUGAAAAAUGCCUACUGGUCGCCCGGUGAACUCUACUUCUUCAACUACUUCUGUUUUAUCCUCAUACCCCGUUUCCUCAGCCCACUCAUCUACGGCUGGCGGGACAAGAGCCUGAGAUACCACAUGAGAAAAGCAGCUUUCUGCUGCUCUUACAGUCUCAGGACCCAUGGCAUGCUGAAGCCAUCUAGAUUUUGAAAUGAUUGAUUUAUUUUUUACCAAAAGAGAAAUCAGUGUGAUAAUGAUAUCCAUAAGAUACAGUUUUUCCAUUUCUUAUUUUGUGUGUAUACGUGUUUUGAAGACAAUGCUUCAAAGAUGAUGUUAUGACUUUAUUACCACACAUUAAAAAAGUUUUAAAUUAUAUUUAAUAUAUGAUUGACAACUGGGUGGCAAAGAUGCCAACCUUGGAUGGGAUUUUUUUGGUCAAAACUAGAGUGUGCUUUAAUAAACAAAUAGAUUUUCAGUUGCAAUCUUGUCGCACUGGCAAUAAGGCAUGUGCACUUGUGCAAUAUGUAACAAAUCAUAUUUGUUCUAACAAUCUAGUAAUAUCACAACGUAUAACAUAAUAAUUGUUUCUUCAUGUGAUGUUUUCUAUACUGCUGUUAAUAAAGUCACCAUUGAUUUCGGAA